AUGGAAUGGCACUUCAAGGAAUGUGGAAAGCUGGCAGAACACCAAUCACUUGGUGAGUGCAAAGAGUUCAUUUCGCGCAAAAAAUUGAUGAAGAAGCUCAAAACGCGGUACAACAUGGGCAAAAAGUAUGCCCAACCGAUAGAGAAAGUCUUGCCCCAUACCAAGUCUAAGGUCAAAAUAUAUCGCCGACAUGCACGAGAUCUUGUCGAAAGCCUUCUGACUGAUCCACGAUGGAAGGAUGAGGAUUGGCUGUUCUUCGAUAACGAGAACGGUGAACCAGAUCCUUUUGCACCACCCCCCAACGAUUUGAAGCAAAUUGGGGAUCUCAAUACAGGAUUAGCAUAUCGUGAGACGUACAAGAAGCUGAUCACCAAACCUGACAAGCAAAUUUUGGUGCCCUUACCUCUUUACAUUGAUGGGGCUGUAACAGGGCAGUUUGACAAGCUCCAAGUUACCGCAUUGAAAAUAUCCCUGGGCAUCCUGAACCGUAGGGCCAGGGACAAAGAACAUUCAUGGAGGGCCCUCGGAUUGGUGAGCAAUUACACAAAAGAAGAUUCAAGAGGACAAAAGAUUUUCACCGAGUCGGGCCAUGUUGCGGCCGAGGAUGCGGCAAGGGAAGCAAAUGCAAAUGAUCAGGCAGCAGGCCAGUACACCGGAAAGGAAGGGGAUCCAGACAAGGCGGCCGACUAUCAUUUCAUCCUGGAGGAGCUCCUGAAGAGUGUAGAUGAGCUUAUCAAAGAGGGGAUGGUCAUGGAUAUUCGGUACAAGGCAAACUUUACAAGGACUGUGAGCUCGUCUUCUUUAUCCCCUUCGUCAAAUGUGAUGGGGAUGAGGGUGACAAGUUGUGCCUUUCCUUUCGGUCCAGAGGCAAAAACAUCAAACAGUUGUGCCGGUACUGUAAAUGUCCAAAUGACCGAACCGAUGAUCCAAAGGCAAAGUUCCCAUAUAAGACGGAACCAAUGCUGA